CGAUGCCGGUGUCCGGCGGUGCCACCGCCCCGCGGACACGCCGGAGGAAGUUCCCUUUCCCUUUAAAUGCAAAUCCCAGCCCCGGGGCUGCAGAGACGGGUGUCCGGCGGGCUCCGGGUCGCGGCUGGGUCGGCACCGCAGGCCGGACCAGGGCUCUGCCGCAGUGCUGGGGAAGACGCUGAAAGCCAAGGUCAGGCCUGCAGCUCCCAGCCGCCGCUCAGGCCCCGGCUUUGCUCCACGCCGCGAUGCUGCAGCGCAGACGCCGGGACAGCACAGCCUGAGCACAGCCCCCCCCGGGGAGGGGGGUCCAAGCUCCCCGCCUCAGCCCUCCCGCUGCCGCAGAGCUGCGGCGCACCCGUGGCCGUGGCCGGCUUGCUGCGGUGCUGAGGGUCUCGGGGCCCCACCGCUGCACCGCAAGCGGAGGCAGGAGGGGCGGGCACCGCCCCGGUGCUGCUCCCUGGAGGGACCCCAAUCCCCGCCGGCUCAGGGCAGACCCGUCCUCUCUGGGGACGAGAAGGCCCGUGCAGGGAAGGAGCCGCCAAGAGCUGUGUCCGUCCCGCGCAGGGUCCCCGCCCCGUGGCUCCGGUGUCCCCACGCCCUUCAGGAUGGAGGACCGGAGGAAGAAGCGGAGUCUCAAGGCCUGCCUGGCCCAGCCGGCGCCCACCGCUGCCCCGCGGCCCCUGCCCCCCAGCAAGAGCACAUCCUUUGCGCUGCCGCUGCCCACCCUGCCCUCGCCCAGGCAGCGCGCCCGGCUCAGGCGGGCGAGCAAGGAGCGGGUGCGGGCGGGUGGCACGGGGGCGGCACGGGGAGCCCCGCUGCAGCACAGCUUCCUCACCGACGUCUCCGACGUCUGCGAGAUGGAGGGGGGGCUGCUCAGCCUCCUCAGCGACUUCCACUCAGGAAAGCUGCAGGCCUUUGGGAAGGAGUGCUCCUUCGAGCAGCUGGAACACGUGCGGGAGAUGCAGGAGAAGCUGGCGCGGCUCCACUUCGGCCUCGAUGUCUGCGUGGAGGAGCUCCCUGAGGAGCAGAAGAAGGCGGCGGCCGACAGGAACCUGGACCAGCUGCUGGCACACCUGGAGGAGCUCAGUGGCUCCAUACAGAAGCUGCACCUGGCAGAGAGCCCCGACCCCGAGGACGCGGCGGCCUGACCCCACGCCUGGCCUGGCUGGGGGGGGCGGCCGCCACCAGGAGACCCCACGGGAGCCCCACACUGGGGUCACCACCCCCCUACCCCCCC